GGUACCUUAUCGGGAAUCUAACCCCGGUCCACGGUGUGCAACUGCAAUGAACCGAUGCCUGCAACAAGGUACGUUACUUUAGCCGUGUGCCACUGCGGCUCCUGAAUUAGGUAGCUUGACAGAAUUUUGGUUUACGGACGGGCUUUUAAGAAAAUGGAGCAUGAGAUGGUUGAGGGAGGAAAAAAGAAAGAAAGAAAAUACAAGCAAACUGUGUAUUUAAUGCUGGCCAUGAGGUGGGGAAAAUGUAAAGAAGGAGAUUUGUGAGGUCAAAGCAGUGGAGCGGAAUCGUAAUCGUGGAGUGUCAGUCAAGGAAACAGCGAGACAAAGCGUUAAAAAUGAAAGUACUUCAUAAUACAAGGUUACUAUGCUUUGAAGGAAAAGCCUCCAGUGAAACGAAUAAGUGGAGUUCCACUGUCAGGGGAUGCAGAUUGCUCUUGGAAGUGGAGAGAGCUACUGGGGUGAGGAUGCUGAAAGCCACAGGGACGGAAUGGAGCACGACAGUAGACCAGUGGAACAAGAGUUUCAGGUGGGUGGCGGUAAUGCACUUCUGAGUUGUCAACCGCCGUGAAACAAAACUAAAGAGGAAGCAGAAGGUAUUGGAUUGACUAGCUAUGUCGGUCAGUCCCUGAGCGUACGGGUAGCUAGCUCCAGUGACAUUCCGCGGAGUCACCAUGUCAAGGAAGAAGAAGAACCUGUCUGACCUGGUGGUGGCAUGUGAAUGGGGGCCGUGCACGUUCAAGGGCAGGACCAUGGAGGAGGUUUGCGACCACAUGUCGGUGCACUUGAAGGAGCACCUGGGCGACGGGGACGCCAUGGAGGAAUUGGAUGACUUCCCCUGCCUGUGGGAGGGCUGUGAGUUCCUGGCCAUGGGCAGCCCGGACGAGCUGAUGGUGCACGUGCUCUUCCACGUCUUCCACAGCAAGCUCAAGUUCAUCGGCACGCGGCUGCUGCAGUCGCACCCAGAGCUGCCCAGCUGCACCCAGGACCUGCACAGCAACAACCUGGUGCCCGAGCUGUCCGAGAGGUUCGCCUGCCUGUGGGAGCACUGCGACAGCACGUUUAAUAACCCGGAGUGGUUCUACCGCCACGUGGACAUGCACGCCCACUGCACCGAGAUGCAGCCCCUGCCUGACCAGCAGCAGGUGCUCUUCUGCAGCUGGAGAGGCUGCGACGCCUUCUUCAAGGUGAAGUACCGUCUGCGGGAGCACCUGCGCACGCACACGCAGGAGCGGCUGGUGGCCUGCCCCACCUGCGGCUGCAUGUUCUCCAGCAACACCAAGUUCUUCGACCACAUCCACCGCCAGGCCGAGCCGGAGGAGUCCUUUGUGUGUGAGCACUGUGAUAAGCGCUUCGCCAACGAGAGGCUGCUGAGGGGACACGUCCGGCAGCACGUGAACCAUAUCAAGUGUCCGCUGUGCGACAUGACCUGCACUUCCCUGGCCUCUCUGAAAACUCACAUCAAGUUCCGGCACUGUGACGAGCGGCCCUUCCCCUGUGACUUCUGUGAGAGCAGCUUCAAGAACCAGCACGACCUGCGGAAGCACAUGGAGACCCACAACGAGGGCGCCACCUUCCAGUGCACUGUGGAGGGCUGUGAAUACUCCUCCCGCAUGGCCCACACCAUGAACCAGCACUACAAGAGAGUGCACGAGGGUGACAUGGUGUCUAAAUACAAGUGCCAUCUCUGUGACAAAACCUUCUCCUGGUGCUACACGCUCACGCUCCACCUGCGGAAGAAACACCAGCUCAAAUGGCCCUCCGGACACUCCCGCUUCAGGUACAAAGAGGACGAGGACGGGUACCUGCGGCUGAACAUGGUGCGGUACGAGACGGUGGAGGUGACGGAGGAGAUCAUGAAGAACAUGGCCAAGAAGCGCACCCCCAGGAAGGCCUCGGGCUCCGGCUGCGCCGCGGGCGGCCGGCCCAAACGGGCGGCCCCGUCCCCGGGGAACGUCCAGUGCGCCUCGCCCUCCCCCUGCUCUUCAUCGUCCUCCUCCUCCUCCUGCUCCGCCGACUCCGAGUUCGCGGGCGCGGCCGCGCCGCCCGACCCCAAAGACGACGGCCCGUCCAUGUACUGCGUCCUGAGCACCGUCACCGGGCUGGGGGACGCCGACGACGACGCGUCCCGGGACGCGGAGCUCCCCGGGGCCCCCUCGGGGGCCGUCAGGGCCCUCACCGAGGUGGCCCGGGGCCUGGGGAUGGACGUGGUGUGACCCCCCCGAGCCCCCGAUGUUAGCCCCACGUUAGCCUAGCGGGUCGCUCACUAGCGUUGCUGAGACUCUGUAGAGGCGUGGCAGUUUGUCACCAGAAGUGUUAACUACAGUAUUAGGAAAAUAGCGCGUGUCCAGGGAACCUUGUCUGGACACUUAACUCUGGCAAGUUAAAUGAAAUCUGUUAAACCCCCUGAAGGACACACCGGGAGUGUCUAAAACAUGAAGUGCAGUUUGCGGGUAAAGCUUUCCUAAAGUUCACACAGCCAGUUUCUGUCAUUGGGUUGUUUUUGUGGUGUGCGGACGCGUGCCGUUGGUGCAGAAGCGGCUUCUGCAGGUUCUUGGACCGGCGCGUCGCGCUGAAACGGCAGUAUUCAAAUACUCAGGUUUGAAGUUGAAGUUAUGGUUUGAAACUCAAGUUCUGUGAAUUGCUUUAAAGCUACUGACACAGUGAUCCGAGGUUUUCCUUUUUGUUCGUGUGUCAUUAGUUCAUAAAGCCGUAACCUCGUUCUGUUAUGUGAAGGUAAUUUGCCUUGUUUAGUGUUGUUUUUAUUGCCUAAUUCAGAAAAGAUGACUGACAUUGUGUACAUACAGCGCAUUAGGGACCUGUACAGGACUCCUAGCAGUUUGACAGGCCUUAAAAUGGUGAUACUGAAUACACUGCUGGACAUUGAAUUGUUUUUUUAAUGCAUCUGUUAAAACAAAUCUAGUUAAUAAAUAGAUUUUUAACUUCA